UUGAUGAAAUUUGAGUUACCGCUAUAUAUGAGAUCAUAAUAUUUGAUAUAGUUUGUUGAUAAGUUGUCAUGACCUAGUUUCAAUUCUCUCUCUUUUUCUCCCAUAUUUUAUUGAAUAGCUUAUGAAAAAUGUCAAAUGAGUUUGUUUCUCUUUUUGGCAAUGAUAAUGUGUUAUUUUGUUCUUAUAUAAAUUGUUUCUUUCAGAUACAUACUUCUAUGUGGAUUAUAUAGAUUCAUACAAUGAGUGCCCUUCAUAUCAUGGCUUCGUCUUCAUCUCAGAUAAAAUAUGAUGUCUUCAUCAGUUUUAGAGGUUUAAACACCCGUCGCGGUUUUCUAAGCCAUUUGCUUAAGGCAUUAAGGGAGAAACAAAUUGAUACAUAUGUGGAUGACAGGCUCAAAGAAGGAGAUGAGUUAUUGCCUGCCUUUUUUACAGCAAUUGAGAAAUCACAAAUUGUAUUGGUUAUAUUUUCCAGCGAUUAUGCUUCUUCAAAAUGGUGUUUGGAAGAGCUUGUCAAAAUAACAGAAUGCAUGACAAAAAAUUGGCAAAUUGUAAUACCUAUCUUCUACAAUAUAGAUCCAUCAGAUGUACGACGUCAAAAGGGGUGCUACCAAAAUGCAUUUGUUCAUCAUGAAAAAUCUUUCAAAGACAACAUCAUGACUGUAGAAAAAUGGAAACAUUCCUUGAAAAGAGUUGCCAAUUUAUCAGGAUUUCAUUCCAUAAAUUUUGGGACUGAAGUUGAACUUAUUGAAAAAGUUGUACAACGUGUGUUAACAAGGUUGAAUUACAUGCCCCGAAUUGAGUUCAAAGGUCUUAUUGGAAUCGAUAAACCAAUUGAAGAGCUUCAAUCAAUGAUGUCAUGCACUGCAUCAAAAGAUGUUCAUAUUAUAGGAAUUUGGGGUAUGGGUGGUAUUGGUAAAACCACUAUAGCCAGUGCAUUAUUUAAUAUAUUAUGCUCUGAAUUUGAAGGUUGCUGUUUUGUUCCAAAUGUCAGAGAACAAUCAGAGAAGAAUGGGAUAAUCCAAUUAAGAGAUAAACUUCUUUCCAUAUUGUUAGAGGAAAAAGAUCUAAACAUUGGUGCUAAUGGAGUACCAAGUCAUGUUUUGAGGAGACUUGGUCGCAAGAAGAUUCUUGUUGUUCUUGAUGAUGUUAAUAAUCCAGAUCACGUUCAAAACUUAGUUGGAGGACAUAAAUGGUUGGGUCAAGGUAGCAGAAUCUUCAUCACAACUAGAGAUAAGCAUGUGAUUUGUAAAGAAGCCGAUGAUAUUUAUGAAAUUGGGGCAUUGGAACACCAUGAAGCUUUGCAACUUUUAAAUUUGCAUGCCUUCAAUGGAAGGAGCCUACAAAUGAAUCAUCAUAAUCUUAUAACAAAAGUAGUUGAUUAUGCCAAGGGAAUCCCCUUAGCCUUAAAGGUGUUAGGAACUUUUCUUUAUGGAAAAAGUGCUAAAGAAUGGGAAAGUCAAUUGCAAAAACUUGAGAAAAUGUCAUUCAACGAAAUCCAAAAUGUUUUGAGAUUAAGUUACGAAGGACUAGAUCGAGAAGAAAGCAACAUAUUUUUAUAUAUUGCUUGUUUUUUCAAAGGAGAUGAUAACAUUAAAAUUUUACUGGAUGCAUGUGGUUACUCAACAGCUAUUGCUUUGAAAACUCUUCAUGACAGAGCUCUUAUAAUUGUUUCAAAAGAUGGAAAGCACGUAACCAUGCACGAUUUGAUUCAAGAAAUGGGUCGAGAAAUUGUUCGUCGGCAAAACAUUGAAAAGUUUGGGGAACGAAGUCAUUUAUGGGAUCCUAUAGACAUAACUCAAGUACUAAAGCAGAACCAGGGGACUGAUCGUAUUGAAAGCAUAACCUUCAACAUGUCAAGUGCUCCUGAUCUGAGGUUAAAUCGUCAUUCCCUUGCUAAAAUGAAAAAUCUUAACUUUCUGAGAUUCUAUUCAUAUGAUACAUAUGGGGUGCACCUUCCAGAAGGCCUUGAAAAAUUGCCAGACAAACUAAAACUUUUUCACUGGGAUGAUUACCCUUUGGAAUCCUUGCCCACCAAAUUUAAUGCAGAGAAUCUUGUUGAACUUGAUAUGCAAGGAAGUUACGUCAAAAAACUUUGGAAUGACGUACAGAAUUUGGCUAAUCUAAGACGCAUUGAUCUUGAUGGAUCCAAGCAAUUGAUAGAGCUUCCAGACCUCUCCAAAGCCUCAAAUCUUGAAACAUUAUCACUCUGUGACUGUGAAAAUUUGCGCUCUGUUCAUCCAUUUAUUUUCUUCCUCCAAAAACUAAUUCAUGUGGACCUAGAGCGUUGUAUAAGGUUGAAGAAACUCCCAGGUAAGUGUAGCAGCAGCAGUAAGGUUGAACACUUGAACCUAUCAGGAUGCAAGAGUCUAAAGCAUCUGCCAGAUAGCACAUCCAAAUUAGAAUUUCUUAAAGAGCUUUACCUUGAAGGAUGCCAGCAACUUGACACAUCAAACCUACACAUUUUAUUUAGUGGGUUAUCAUCAUUAGAAAGGCUCAAUUUGGGUGGGUGCCAUAACUUGGAUAAACUACCAGACAAUGUCAACAACUUAUCAUUGUUAUGUUGGUUAUCAAUAAAGGGAACUAAUGUGAAGAGCUUGCCAGAAAGCAUCAAACAUCUUCGAAAGUUGAGAUCUCUCUACUUGGGGAGUUGUAGGAGGCUUCAAUCAUUGCCUGAGCUUCCACCUUCUAUACAAUACUUGGAAGUCAGUGAUUGCACAUCCUUGAAAACAGUGUUCACUCCAACACCUAAAAUACUCAAACAACACGUCAAAUUGUUCAAGAAACAAAUAAGUGAAGAUGACUUCAGGAGGUAUGAAAGUGGGCCGGAUUAUUUUAACAUAUAUUUUUCAUUUGAGAAUUGCCCAAGUUUGGAUAGGAAUGCACUUCGUGUUCUUUUAAUAUAUCUUGGACACUACAAUAAGGAGAAGAGAGCAGUUAUGGAAAAGCAAAUUGAGAAAAGGAGAGCAUCCUCAUAAACGAUUUGCAUGCUCACCUAUUUGUUAAUUAUUGUUGCAUAAGUUAUAUCAUAUUGAAUUGUUAGUUAUAACUCUUUGUAUACACUAUUAUGUUCAUUUUUUCCUUUUUCAUAUAUUCUCUGCUUCUUUCAUAUUUGUUUUAAGAAG